AGGAGCAUCAUUGGUGUCGCAUCUUGUUUAUCGCAAAGAGAAAUUUGUUGUCCAAAACAGACGGCGGCAUGCAUUCCUCUUUAUAUUUCUAUUUUUCAGAGUCUAAUGCGAAUCUAUAAAGCAUAAAAGGAAAAACAGUAUUCGCUUGUCCCAACCUCUUCUUAUUCUGCAUCGAGCCCAUUUGCAUUCGCCAACCACAAUUCAUUCAAGAAAUCCAAACGCAGCCCACUUUCAGUGAUUCACGUUCCUGCGAAAAUGUUCAAGAAGUUUACUAGUGAAGAAAUCUCGUCUCACAAUCAAGUAAAGGCAUCAGUGCAACGAAAGAUCCGUCAAAGCAUUCUAGAUGAGUACCCAGAUCUGGAUCCUGUGAUUGAUGACCUGCUUCCAAAAAAAUCCCCUCUUAUAGUUGCAAAAUGUCAGAAUCAUCUGAAUUUGGUUUUGGUGAAUAAUGUGCCUCUCUUUUUCAAUGUGCGGGAUGGUCCUUACAUGCCAACUCUUCGCUUAUUACACCAGUAUCCAAACAUAAUGAAGAAGCUGCAGGUAGAUAGAGGUGCAAUCAAAUUUGUGCUCUCUGGAGCAAACGUCAUGUGCCCUGGACUUACAUCCCCUGGCGGUGCCUUGGAUGUAGAAGUUCCUGCAGAAUCACCUGUGGCAAUAAUGGCUGAAGGAAAGGAGAAUGCUCUUGCCAUUGGAUUCACAAAGAUGUCGGCAAAAGAUAUAAAAUCUAUCAACAAAGGAAUUGGUGUGGAUAAUAUGCAUUACCUUAAUGAUGGCCUUUGGAAGACAAUACAGCUGAAUUGAAUGCGAUGUGGAUAGAGAUGGAAAAAUCUGUUGCAUUUAGCUAUAGUAUACAAUAUGGAGACUAGCUACAACUGUAGCUUCAGGAACUGGGUAUCUUUGGUGCAGAUGAUAGCUUGAAAAACAUAUCCAUGUGAAUUAGCUGAGAACAGCUAGAAACAAAGAUUGGGAAAAGUUCAAAUCAUAUUAAGCAUGCCAAUUCCUGGUUAAUCAUCCAAUCAUUUAAAUGGAAACUGUUUUUGUAGGGUUAAAUUAUUGUUCGAUAAUUUUAUAUAACAAAACUUGAAGUCCUGAUAAUGUAUUAUAUCAGAGCUUAAAUGUCUUAUUCAUUGCAUUCUCUGAA